CAAAUGCAAACUGUGCUAAAAAACAUAGCAUGGUUGCAACUUGCAACAUUUAUUUUUAAAAAGAUUUUGUGUUGUGGAAUGGAGUUGGAGGUUGACGCUGCUAAAUUUGCAUUCAAGAGUAAUAAACAAAUUUUGCAUCUCCAUAGAUCAAAAGUUUUAGUUUAAAAUUUACACAAAAGCUUGAGUUUUUAACAUGUGUGUAUGAAAUAUAUGUCUAUUUAUAAACCUAUACAAUCAAAUAUUCAUUUUUUAGAAUGUACUUAUUCCAAUUGUCAUAAUACCUGUUUGUGAAAACGAACUAUUUCCACGGAUUGACUGCAGUGAUUAGUAUGUGUAUAUAUAUGUAUCGCUUAAUUAUUAUUAUAUAUAUUUUGUGUAUUUAAAAACAAAUGUACAAAAAUAGUUAGGAGAUUUGUCUUUUAUCGUCCAGUUAGGAGAUUUAUUCCUGCAAGAAAGCUAAAAGACAAACGUGAGCUCAACAAUAUGACCAAAUCUUGGGUUGUAAUUAAAAUAUGCAUGCACUAACAGUUGUCUCUAGCUCUAUAGAACAUUGGUCUAAACCCCCCCUCUCCCCAGAUUAAUUCUCAACGCCAGAUAAUAAAUCUAUAUACGAACUUCAUGUUAAUUUCUUAUGAAACUAACUAGUUGCUAGUUAAUUAAACCCACAUAAAGUUUUAGCUGGUGAUAAAUCAUUAUGAAAAAAAAAAUCAUUUUUAAGCUCCUCAUACUAUGUGUCAUAUUUAUACAGACCAACUAAUCAUUGAAUACUGAUCAUAUCGCAUCUUGAAACAUUCCUAUUAUAAUUUUUUUUAUUUAACCACAUAUAUAUGUAUGUGUAGAUGCCUUUUCAUGGUGAUCCACUUACUUAUCUCUUACCUUAGGCCUGAUUUGAGUCUCCAUCUUCUUCUUCCUUCUUCCCUUGGCCUUCACCAUCUUCUCUCUUUUGAACUCUUUUUUUUUUCCAUAAUUUCUCACGAAAUUAUGUUUUUUCAUUAAGAUUCUUUUUUUUCUUAAUAUGCUUUGUGAUUUAUCAAGAGAGGCUUCACCAAAAGAUGAAAGAAGCAUAGAAUCGAAAGAGACGCUGUUCCUUUAUUCUUCUACUUUUUCUUUUAUCAUUUUUUCUCCGAUCAAUCUUUAAGAUUUAUUAAUUUCAGCUAAAAUUCUCGUAAGUCAUAUACUACUUUUUGUAAACAUUGAAACAAAACAAACCAAUUAUAGUGCUCAUAUAUUAAACUGAUGUAGUUGUGUAUAUAUGAUGAUCGCCUUAACAAUCAUUCAUUUUGAAUUAAAAAUACUGUCAAAUUAUAUGAUACCAGCAUCAAUGUGUUUCUUUUAUACAGUUAAGUUUUGAUGCUUGGGAUCUUACAAUAAAAGUUGUAGUCACAAAGGCAUUAGUUUCAAUCUUGUUGUACAGAAAACCUUAUUCAUUAUCACAUGCAUUUAGGUACUAGUUUCACUUUAUUGUCUUCUCCUUUGUUUCUUUCUUUAUUUUGUAUAUAUGAAUGUAUAUGAUUUAUUAGUAAAACACUAAAACCUUCAUGUUUUUUGCUAAUGAAAAGAAAACUUUGAAGUGGGAGAGAGGAGAUUGUUUGCUGGGCUUCUUCAACUAUCACCUAGAAAGGAUACUAUUUUUCUAGUAAUCAAGUUUACAAAACAAUAACCAAGACAAGUUUAGUCUGCAUUUUUGUGAUCUCUUCAACAUGGCAAUGAAAAUGAAGGGCAUCUACAAAGGCUUCAAAUGUAUCUCUCAAAUAUUUGCCGGGGAGAAAGAGAGUGAUGAAAUAGAAAUUGGGUAUCCGACAAAUGUAAAACAUGUCUCUCAUAUUGGCUGGGAGGGUUCUUCUAGUAGUGGUCCUGGUUGGAUGAGUGAGUUCAAGGUCGGAGCUGAGGUUUUGUCUCCAAGGGCAUCAUCGUUUAGUAAUGCAAGACCUUCUACUUCUUUUUUCACCUCGUCUUCAACUGAUUUUGAUCAAGGGUCGAGUAAACGAACAAUAUCUGAUACACUAAGAGAUGCACCUCCAGUUACUCCAAUAAAUUUACCUAAACAUAGCAACACGAAAAGUAGUAGAAGAAAGAAGUCAGCUUCAUCGUCAUCAUCUCCAAAAUCUUCAAGAUCAUCUAUUUUUUCUAAAUCUUCGUAUAAAUCAACUGUAUCCCAACUAAUCUAAACAUAUAAGAGUAGGUGCAAGAAAGAAAGAAAAAGUCAAAAGUUUGAUCGCCGUUGUGCAUAAUUGAGGGGGAUUUUUUUGCUGAUUAUUUUUUUUGAUUUUUUCAUAUAUGUAGACAUGUGUUCAAAGUUUGAAUGUUUUAUGUAAAUAAAAAGACUAGGAAAAAAAAUUGAAAGUAGAGGUAA